AUGUCGGCCACAAGCCCAGACCCCAGGCAGGGCGCGCCCGCCUUCAUCCCCCUCGAGGCCAACCCGCAGCUCAUGACGAGCCUCAUCCACAAACUCGGUGUCUCGUCCGCGCUCGGCGUGCACGACGUCUACUCCCUCACCGACCCGGACAUGUUGGCCUUUGUCCCGCGGCCUGCUCUUGCGCUGCUGCUCGUCUUCCCCGUCAGCGCCGAAUACGAAAGCCAGCGUAUGGCCGAGGAUAGCCUGAUGGAGGAGUACGCGGGCAAGGGUGACGGAGAGCCGGUGGUGUGGUGGAAGCAGACGAUUAAGAACGCCUGCGGCAUGAUGGGGUUGCUGCAUGCUGUUUCCAACGGUCCGGCGAGGGACUUUAUCGAAGAGGGAUCAACGCUCGGCAACCUCCUCCAACAGUCCAUACCUCUGCCGCCACGCGAGCGCUCGGCUUUGCUCGAAAGGACGGGAGCGCUCGCGACGGCCCACCGGGAGGCCGCCUCGGCGGGCGACACGGCGCCGCCCGCGGCCGAGGACGACAUUGACCUGCACUACGUUUGCUUCAGCAGAGGAACCGACGGUGGGCUGUGGGAGCUCGACGGCAGGCGCAAGGGACCCAUCCGCCGGGGCGACCUUGACAAGGAUGAAGACGUGCUGAGUGCAAAGGGGCUCGCCAUGGGUGCGCUCAAGUUCCUCGCGAGAGAAGGCGGUGAUUUGCGGUUCAGCGCCGUCGCCUUGGCCGCGUCGAUGGACUGA